AUGUCUUGGUUCCAGAAGAACUUCACACUGCCGUCGCGCAGCCGUGGCUCAUACUUGAUCACCGAUCAUGUCCUCUCAGAAGUGCCCGAGAUCCGCGACUACAAGGUUGGCAUUCUGAACCUGUUCGUGCAGCAUACGAGCUGUGCGCUGUCACUCAACGAGAACUGGGACGACGAUGUCCAGGCCGACAUGAGCGAUGCUCUGGAUCGCAUUGUGCCCGCCGACCGCACGGGCAACCUUUACCGUCAUUCGGCCGAAGGCGAGGACGACAUGCCGGCCCAUGUGAAAUCCGCGCUCAUUGGAGCCUCCGUCACCAUCCCCAUCUCUAAUGGCCGUCUCGCUCUUGGCACAUGGCAAGGCAUCUGGGCUCUGGAGUUCCGUCGUGCCAGACACACGCGCAAAGUUGUCGCGACUAUUCAGGGCGAGAAAGCAUGA